AUGGUUUUAUUUGGAAGCCAUUGUACAUUCCAUUUCUUCAAAGAAAGAGCACCAGGGGUGGUACCUGAAGCUGUUCUGCCUGCAUUUGGUAUACCCGGUUUUGCCCUGUGCUCUGCCAGUUUAUUGUUCAGCUUUUGGAAGGAAGACAAGAAAGAGACAAUAGAAAUGAUGAUUGCUAGAGCAGUGAUAGCAGAGAGGGAGAAUAGAUUGGAAGAUGCAGACAAGUUCUACCAUCAGGCAACUGUUAUGUGUGAGAAGGAGAAGAACUCACAAGCUUUACUCUAUACAUAUGAUCAGAUGGCUAACUUCAACAUGAGGCAUGGUCGGUUGAUGAAGGCGGAGAAUCUCUUCAAGGAGACACUGAAGCUCCUGUUGAGCUCAGGGAUCCAGCAGGAGGAUCCAGGAGUAGUAGAGAUCUCCUUGAAGCUCUCUCGGAUCUAUGAACGCAUGGGAAGCAGAAAUGAUGAAGCAGAUGUAGGAUUCAAAUGGUGCAUCGACACAUCAGAGAAACUACUCAAAGACACACCCGAUGAUUCCACAGUAGAAAGCUACAUGUAUGACAAGAUAAUGAACCUGAAAUCCUUGUUAGGUAUGUGUCUGGAUGCCUACGCUCGGUUUCUUGGUGCGACCAACAGGCUAGCUGAUGCAGAGAGGUUGUAUAAGAGAGCCCUAGAGAUAUGUGAAAGUGACCUUCAGGUGGAUGGCUCUCCACACCCUCAGACGGUUGUCUUGCUGAAUGACUUGGGGACAAUCUGUGAUAUGAGAGGGAACCGAGACGAUGCGAUUGAGCAUGUUGAACGAGCAGUAGAGUUGGCCGAGAAGUCAUCCCCAGCAGUAUUACCCACCAUCCUUUGUAAUCUCGCUUCUAUCAAGAUGCAUAAAGGUUUGAAAGAUGAAGCCAGAACCAUCUACAAGAGAGCAUUGAAGCUUGCAGAGAAAGAAGGUGACCGAGAAGCAGUACUUAUCAUCAGGGCUAACCUCCAGAAAGUUUUAUGAUAGCGUCCAGUUACUUGUUAUGUAUUACCUGGAGUGAAAGACUUUAUCUCAUCUCAACGCCCCCGAGGAAGAUACAAAACUUGGGUAACUAUGGUAAUUUUGCCAUUACCAUGGAAAGCUUGUAAACAUUGGCUGCUUUAGCCAUUCCCAUGGUAUUUGCCAUAAGGACAAAGUUAAAUUCCAUAUUUGCUCUGAUGACAAACUCUUUCCUAGAAAAUCAUGAGCAUGUACAUGCCAAAUAUAGUCCCCAACCUCAAACUUUUCACUAUAAUCCAUAUAAACCAUAUUGGUUUAUCCUGAACCUAACAUCCUAUCAUGACACAUACCUUAACUCUUGAAGACAGGAGAUAUUGUCUUGAGAACAAAUACUUGGUCACUCAUACGGUUGUCAUGGAGGAAGAGAUCAGCACCUACAAGUAAUUUCUCAAGCAGGAAACCAUGUCAGAACAACCACAUAACAUUACAAAUAUUUGUGAUCUGCAGAGAGCUCACUACAUGAAAUCGUUUGAUAAGAUUACUGCAUGAAACUUUUGUUUUACCAUAUAACAAGCUUCCUAUUUGGACAUUGAAAUAUGUCUCAGCUGUAUCGAAUUGAUAGGAUUUCUGUUACAAAUGUUUGGUGUUAUUCUGGACUGAGAUUCAGAAUCUCAAUGGAAAGUCUACUAGAAAGGUUUGUAUCCACGUGGUCUGCAAGCAGAAUAUGGCCCAAUUUUCAGAUCUUCUAAAACCAUCAUGGUUAUUUCCACUUGGUCAUAUAUCAAUUUGGUCCAUUUAUCCAUAUGGAAGCGCUUCCUUUUCAUCUAUUGCUACAUACAUUGGCCCUUCACUCUGUAAACUUAACAGCAUUGAACUCUUUAAAUUGUGCCUCAAAACUCACUUAUUUCAUCAGAUCUGUAGAAAUUAACUUAAUUUGAUAGGCCUGCACCUAUGAAUGUUUAUGACAGAUAUAUGGCACAAUAAAAUGCUGUGGAUCAUCAUCAUCAUUUCAUGGUCUCGUUCUCAGAUCAUCUACUGUAUAACCACCAUGGCUAAACCCACUCGGUCUACUCUCAGUAUGGUCUGAUUGCUAUGUGGGCCAACCUUCACUUAGUCUUAUACUCACUUGGGCUAUCUGUUAUUUAGUCUAAUGCCUGCAAGGUCUAAUUUCCAUGUCCUCUAUCAACUUUUGUUUGCACUAGUUGUCAAAUGAAAACUUGGUUCAUAAAUAGUUCAUCUAAUCAUAUUGACUCGGCGAAUAUUAGACAAAAUGGGUAUGUAUGGUCUCACUGGAAAUUAGACGGAACAGUAAAUGGAUUUAAUGGUAAUUAGGCUAGGUAGCAUGAGACCAAAUGAAAAGUAGACCAAGUGGCAAUUUACCACUAUCAAGGCGAGCUCUGAACCAAGAAAUCUAGUGCGAACACACUAUUGCAAAUAGAGUUUAGAUCAAGAUUUUUAUGAACGUCAUGUUGUUUUGGGUUACAAUUCAAAUGGACUAGUUAUAUUGAGUGAUGAUUACUUGUGAUUCAUUUGUUUACAUUGUUUAGAGUUAUAGCAUAAUUAUAUAAAGAUUUGAAGGAAUGUUAUUAAAACAGAUUUUAUGAAAUCAUU